GGGGAAAAAAAUCAAACUGAUUCAUUUAAAGUUUGACAGCAGAAUUAAAAAUGACUGAAUGGAGGAGCAGGUCUGAGUCUGCGCUUUAAUGAAGGUAGAAAAUAACAACUAAGGGAAAAGACAGUCGCAACAUUGUCCUCCUGCACAUCUGAAUGCUCAGCUCCUCCCUCGUGCGCGCAAGGCUUCAUUUCAUCAAACCCUUCAAGUUGGGGCGCACUUUAGUCUGCGCCGCGCCUGCAGCAGGAACCGGGAGACUGAGUGCAGAGUCCGGGAACGGAGAUCGGGCUUCGCAAACCUUUGAGCCCACAGAGAUGCACCUGUACGCCGGCUUGAGCCCAAAGUGGCCCCGCGCGCUUUGGUGUCUGCUACUCUUGACGCCGUGUCUCUUUCACGCGGCCACGGCUGAAAUCACCUGCAGGUCAUGCCACCUUGGACAUAAGUGGCGCGCACGGGAACUACUGAUAAAACUGAACACGGGCGAGUCCGGGACUGGGGCACAGGGAGAACUUUUGGGAACGCAGGGACUCCCCUGUGAGGAUGGAUUCGCGGAGUGUGCUCCAAACGUGGAGCCGCGGCUUAAACGGAGUACAGGGAGCCGGCCCGCGGAGCGAAGCACGGACGACUUUGCUCAGAGCAAAGUUUCAGCCAGUUUUGGAGCGCGCGCCAGGAGGAGCAGCGGCGGUGAUUUAGCCGGAGACUCCGCGGCUGAUCACCAGGACGCAGAGACAGUGCGCAGAGUGCUGCGCGCAGAGCUGCGCUGGAGCGGAGAAGAGCGCAGGAGCGCCGGCGCGAGGCACGAGGAGCCGAAGGUGAACAGCUCCACGUUCGCCCUGACUGGAGACUCGUCCCACAACCAAGCCAUGGUCCACUGGUCCGGCCAGAACAGCAGCGUGAUUCUGAUGUUGACCAAACUGCUUGACUUCAACCUCAACAGUGUGACUGAGAGUUCAUUAUGGAGGUCAACAGACUACGGCACAACAUACCAGAAGCUGAACGACAAAGUGGGAGCAAAAACCAUCCUCAGUUAUCUGUACGUGAGCCCCAACAACAAGAGAAAGAUCAUGCUGCUUACUGAUCCUGAGGUGGAGAGCAGCCUCCUGAUCAGCUCAGACGAAGGAGCCACUUACCAGAAGUACCGACUGAACUUCUACAUCCUGAGCUUGCUCUUCCACCCUGAACAGGAGGACUGGAUUCUUGCCUACAGCCACGACCAGAAGCUUUAUAGCUCUGUGGAGUUUGGCAGACGCUGGCAACUGGUGCAUGAGAGAGUGGCUCCUAACCGUUUUUACUGGUCGAAAAUGGGUUUGGACAAAGAGCCGGGCUUAAUUCACCUGGAAACCAGCAUCUCCGAAGGACAGGCGCUGUAUGUCACUUGCAAGCUGCAGAACUGCACAGACUCCAACAAGGGCAAGCCAUUCCCCGGAUACAUUGACCCCAAUUCUCUGGUGGUGCAAGACGAGUAUGUGUUUGUCCAGGUGUCCACGCCAGGCAGACCAGUCUACUACGUAUCAGCAAAGAGGGACGUCUUCACCCCCAUGAAGCUGCCCAAGUACACACUGCCCAAGGAAUUGCAUGUGAUCAGCACGGAUGAUAACCGCGUAGUUGCCGCCGUGCAGGAGUGGAACCAGAACGAAACCUACAACCUCUACGUGUCUGACACAUCGGGGGUCUACUACACGCUUGCCCUGGAGAACGUUGUCAGCAGCAUGGGUCUCGAGGGAAAUGUGAUGGUGGAUCUCUAUGAGGUAGCAGGAAUAAAAGGGAUGUUCCUGGCCAACAAAAAGAUGGAUAACCAGGUGAAGACGCACAUCACUUACAACAGAGGCCGAGAUUGGAGGUUACUGCAGGCGCCGAGCAGAGACCUGCGGGGCAACAGCAUCCACUGUGUGCUGCCGUACUGUUCGUUACAUCUCCAUCUGCACGUGUCCACCAAUCCCUACACUUCUGGAAACAUUGCCAGCAGGGAGUCUGCGCCAGGGAUCAUCGUGGCAUCAGGCUCCAUUGGCUCAGAGCUGACCACGACCAACGGCAGUGUGUUCAUCACCUCCGAUGCAGGAAACACAUGGAGACAGAUCUUUGAUGAGGAAUAUGCCGUGCUGUAUUUGGACCAAGGAGGAGCUUUGGUUGCAAUAAGACAUACUCCGCUUCCCAUUCGACACCUGUGGUUGAGCUUUGAUGAAGGACGCCAGUGGAACAAGUACAGUUUCACCAACACGCCUCUGUUUGUGGACGGCGUGCUGGGAGAGCCUGGAGAGGAGACGCUCAUCAUGACGAUUUUUGGCCACUUCAGUCAUCGCUCUGAAUGGCAGCUGGUAAAAAUAGACUUCAGAUCCAUCUUCAACAGAAGGUGCACAGAGGCCGAUUACCAGACAUGGCACCUACACAACCAGGGUGAGCCAUGUCUCAUGGGGGUGAAAAGAAUCUACCGAAAGCUGAAACCGAUGUCCAGGUGUGUCAUGGGAAAGAUGUACUCGGUGGCGAUGACAUCAAGUCCCUGUGACUGCAUGGAAGCUGACUUUGAGUGUGAUUAUGGCUACGAGAGGCGGAGUGACGGCAGAUGCAGCCCCGCCUUUUGGUUCCAUCCAUCAUCCAUGUCCAGGAGUUGUACCACUGGGAUGACUUUCCUAAACAGCACCGGCUACCGAAAAGUCAUUUCCAACAACUGCACAGCCGGAGUGAGCGCUGAGUUUACUGCCCGGCGGCUGCAGUGCCCCCUGCAGGCCCCCAGAGGCUUGCACCUUGUGACGAAUGAGGGUGCUCUAACCGCCACGCUGGGCUCCAACAUCACUUUUCUUGUUUUUCUGGAAGAGGGCGACGGGGCGAGGACAAGCAUCACCAUUGACUUUGGAGAUGGGCACGCUCUGACGUACUCCAACGUGAGCACCAUCGAGGACGGGAUCAAACACAUUUACAAAGCUGUGGGAAUCUACCGAGUGACCGCCACGGCAGAGAACAGCCUCGGCUCAGAGACCGCCACCCUCUUCCUGCACGUCACAUGUCAGCUGGAGUACAUCCAUCUCUCAGCUCCGUUUGUGGUGGUGAGGAACAAGGAAGUGAACCUGACGGCUGUUCUGUGGCCUAGCCAAGUGGGAACGGUCACCUACAUCUGGUGGAUCGGAAAUAACACUGAGCCGAUAAUCACCCUUGAGGGAAGCAUGGCGUGCACGUUUUCCCGGGAAGGUGUCAACACGGUCACUGUGCAGGUGUCUGCAGGGAAUGCCAUCCUGCAGGACAGAAAAACCAUCGCCGUCCACGAGUUUUUCCGCUCUCAUCUGCUCGCCUUUUCAUCAAACCUAGACGAGCACAACCCGGACGUUGCAGAAUGGAGGCUGGAUGUGAGCCGGGUCAUCAGGAACUCUCUGAUCCAGGCGACGGGCAUGAGAGAAGAUCAGCUGCUGGUCACAGUACUGCCAGGUUUGCCCACAACAGCAGAGUUUUUCCUCUUGCCAGACAAACAAUUAACGGAGGGGAAACCAGAGAAGAGCUCUGCUCAUCUGGACCAGCUCUCUGAAGUUGUGCUGAGUGCCCUAAAUCAGAACCUUGUCCAGUUCAUGCUGCGCCCGGGUGUCCAAGUCACGGUGCACGCAGCCCACCUGUCAGCAGCGCCCCUAGUGGACACCAGCGAGAACCACAGCGGCUCUGCCAUGCUCAUGCUGCUUUCAGUAGUGGUGUUGGGGUUAGCCAUAUUUGUCAUCUACAAAUUCAAGAGGAAGAUCCCAGGCCUCAACGUCUAUGCGCAGAUGCAGAACGAAAAAGAACAAGAAAUGAAGAGUCCAGUGAAUCCAUCGGAGGCCACGCCCAGCUCACAGCAGGACUUGGUGCAUUCUUUGGAGAUCCUGGACUCAGAGUUUUCCUCACGGCCCAUUGGAUGUUUGAAGCCUCAUGUUCACGUGACAUUCUCCACAGAACUUCCCACAUACAUUGUCUGAACUCUGCACUGGAUUAACGCUCCAGCUAAGUCAAGGAUGUUUCUUUUUUUUUUUUCAUCUUUUGGGACACAAUGGUUUUGAGCUUUAUACCUGUGCAUGUGGGACCCUGCUGACUCGUACUACUGUUCAGACCAGAAGAAACUGUGUACAGGUUUUGAUUUUCUUUUUUAACCUGUCUGACAGUUAGUUCCAUGAGUCAGACACGUCGUCGAUGAAGGAUAGCGAGCAAGAAGGAGAGGAAGGCGUGUAAAGGACAUCAGCGUCUUGGAUUUUCUUGCAUAUCUCAUAUCGGCUUGCUGUUCAAGGCUAACAGCAAUGAUGUAAUAUUUAUUCAUGGGAAAAUACUUUUCUUAAGUGCGUUGUUAAAGUAAAAUUCACAUUUAUUUUGUAAAUCAUGAAUGUCUGUUAGAAAUGUGUGUAUUUUAAUAACAAAUGUCAUACUAAAAAGCAAUCCGGUUAUAACAUAUGUAUACUUCAAAAGCUUUUGGUCUACUGUCCUCAGAAAGCUGAUUUAUGGCACAAAACACAUUUUGUACAAUUGUUUUUUUUUUUAAUAUUAACACCAGUCAGGCUGGGUUAACUUUGAUUUAAAAUUUGCUGUUAAACUUAUGCUUCUGGUGCGGUUUAUGCCACUUUGUAAAAUGUUUUGUGCUUAACUGGACUGCGAGGAUGCCUCUUGACACCCUUCCACAGUGUCAGAUACCAAUGGACCUUUUGGGAUUGGAAGAAGAGAUGUAUGGCACUGAAACUUUGUAAUAAGGUGUCAAACUUCAGGUGGAUGUUGGAAUGUUUCUGAGAUUCUAAUUUCCAAAAAUUCUAAAAAGCAGGCAGCUAGAAAAAGUCAGACAGAGAGACGUUAAAGGAGAUGGAGGAGACUGUUUGAAUACUUAAUGUGGUGUGCCAAGCUUAAUGCUCGCUAAGGUUGGUGACACAUUUGGGCUCAAGUCCCGACCCACUCUGGUGUAGACCCAGUCUUCAUUCUGGCUCAUUAAAACAUUCUGCUGGAACAAGAAAGCUGCAUGGCUGCUUAACUAGUCGAGGCCUGUUGAGCACUUUGUACUUGAAAUCUCUUAGAUUUUAAUAUCGAAUUGGCAGCGUUGCUCCAUUUGCUUUCCCGUGUUUUAUUCUUGGAAGGCAAUUGGAUCCAAAGGGAGUGUUUGCAGACAUUAAAAAAGGAAAAACAAUAUUGCAACAGUUAAUCCUGUGUUAUGAUGAUCCUAUUAGCUCUCACUAUAAUCAAGAUUAACCAACUUUAACAUUCGUGGUCAGCAAAGAUUACAACAUAGAAAGAUUCCUUUUUUUGUUAAGGUUCACUGUAUUAAGUUACAAGUAGAAAAUCCAUUAAAGAUUCUUCCCAAAAGAUCCACAAAAUAGUCAGUCAAUAUAGAUGUCUGAAUUCUAUCUGGAGGUAUUACUAACCAUGUUUAUGCUAGUCAAAAACAAGUAUUGGAUUUUGUUUUGUUGGAGCCCAAAAGCUUAAUUUUGAAGCAGCUUUUUUAAAACUUUACAACAAAGUUAGUGGCUUUAAAAGUUGCAACUGCAAAAAAAUAUAUACUAUUUAUUUUUUGGAAUGAUGAAUGUGGAGGUUUAGUAAAUGUCUGAUUACACCAACCAACAACACAACAAAGCAUUGUACGUUUUUCAGACCUUGAGAGCUGACUUUAAUAUUUGAGACCUUAUUAAAUAGAUGAUAUUUAGAAAUAUUUUUUUUGCCAUUAAAAGCUAGUAACUCACAGAAGGAUCUACAGUGAUCCACAAGAACUGUGGUCUAAAUUUAAAAAAUAAUCAACUUCUCUCUGUCUGGCUCUUGGUUUAUUAGCUUGUCUGGGGCCUACCUGCCCACCACCCAGGAAAGAAAGACUGGGUCUGAAAGUGCGUCUUGAUUUUAAGUUUCACCGGACGGCAGACAGGAAGUCUGACCAACUGUUUCAUAAGCUGUGAUGCGACAGCACCAAAGGGUAAUGAUCAAGUUGAGCUUUCUCACCAUCUCUUCCCCCCCUGCAGAAUUAGCAAGAUAAUUAUUUUUGUAGAGAAAUAUGUUAUAACAAAAAUAUAAAAAAAAGGGUUUUAAUACUGUACAGAUUUUGUAUAAGAACAGAUGGUAAGAUGUUACAGUGGUUUGUUUGACCUCAACUGUGCUGUGUGUAAUUGUUUAAUGCAUUUACAAUCAUAUUUAUUAAAUGGAAAGAAGUCUGUUUACUG